AUGAGGAUAAACAGUCAAACAGCCGUCUCAACGAGCAAGGUGCUGCUCGUGCCCUACGAGAAGCACCAUGUGCACAAAUACCACACAUGGAUGCAAGACCCCAGCAUACAAGAGGCGACUGCUUCUGAGCCACUGAGCCUAGAUGAGGAGUACGAGAACCAGGUGUCGUGGCGGGAGGCGCAUGACAAGCUCACGUUCAUCGCGUGCGAGCCUCUAGGGCCUGAGGGACCGCGCCAUGGCGCAGCGGUGAGAGACCAUGGUGCGAGGGAGGAGAAUAUGAGGGGCGACAUUAAUUUCUUCCUGUACCCGGAUGAGGAGGACGAGGAUGAAGUGGACGCGCCGUCGGCGGUAGGUGGUGAUGAGGCGGCGAGCGGAGAGCGGACGCGCUGGCUGGUCGGCGAGGUGGAUGUCAUGAUCGCACAUGAGGGCCAUCGCGGACGGGGCUUCGGCGGCGGAGCGGUGCGCGCACUGCUCGUGUACCUGCGGCGCAACAUGGAGGGCAUCCUCGCAGAGUAUCACCGCGCGGCCGGCGAGGACAGGCCAAGGUCCUCCUCCAUCUCCACCGGUCAGACAGCACCUGCGCAGCUCGGGGGCAACAGCAGCGACAGCGGCGGCGGCGGCGAUGGUGGGCACGAGGGUACCACCGCCCCAGUGCGGCUACGAGGCCUGAUGGCCAAGAUCAAGGAGGGCAACGCGGGCAGCCGGGCGCUGUUCGCGGGGCUGGGGUUCGUGCAGCGCGGCGAGGUGAAUUACUUUGGGGAGGUGACGGUGGUGAUGGGUUGGGAAGAGGCGGCGAGGAGGGCGGCGGAGUGGGAGGCCGGGGAGGCGUACAGCGAGGUUCAUCUGCGGUAG